CAACUGGGAGAAAUUCAACUGCGUGAUCUGGAGCAGACAGGCGGAGGCAGCGGUAUCUGCACUCCUUCAGGGAUUACGGUGCAUAUUUUCCCCCCAACCGGACAAAGAGUGACUGGAGAACAGGAAGGGAGCCUUGAUGUGGGCAGUAUGAGUAAGACGCCCCCUAACAGAAGAGGGAUAUCUUUUGAGGUGGGAGCUCAGCUCGAGGCCAGAGACAGCCUCAAAAACUGGUAUGCUGCCAAUAUAGAGAAGGUUGACUUUGAAGGAGAAAAGAUUCAGGUCCAUUACCGCCAGUGGAGCCACCGUUACGACGAGUGGUUUGACUGGACCAGUCCCUACCUGAGACCCGUGGAGAGAGUGACGCUGAGGCGGCAGGGCCUGCAGGACGACGCUCCUGUUCCUGGCUUUCAUGUGAACGACAAGGUCCUAGCCAGCUGGUCCGACUGCCGUUUCUACCCCGCCAAGGUCCUAUCGGUCAAUAAAGAUGCAUCUUACACUGUGAAGUUCUACGAUGGCGUUAUCCAGACAGUGAAGGAGAUACACGUGAAGCCGUUUAUUAAAGAGAGAGGUGGAGGUAAGUGUCGUUCCUCUGAGAGAACCAUGGUGAGGCGGGCCCCAAACCGCAGGAGGCCUCAGGAGAACGGAGGCCCCAAGAACAAGCGAGCCAGACGCAGCACGUCCGACCGGGAGGAGGACAGCAACAGUGAGCAAGAUGAACGAGAACAGGGGAUGGUCAACGAGAAGAACAAGAAAACAAACGGCGAGCUAAGCGCUGCGCCGGCCAUCAAACAGGAAGAGGAAGUGACCGACCUGAACGCGCCCAGGGAUUUGGGGAAGGGGGCGGGACUCACCAACGGGGUGAAGGAGGAAAAAGCCGAGGAGCAGAGCAAAGAGAAGUGUCUCCUGAAUGGAGAGGUGAAGCAGGAAGAGAUGGAAACAAAGCCAUAUACAGAGUCGCCCAAGCCAAACGCGGAGGAGUCACCCACAGCACAGAUGGAGCAGGUGCCUGUCUCUAUGACAACCACAGAAUCAAAAGGAGGUGUGGAGCAGAAGCCCAGCGUCCAAUCAGAAGGCUCCGAGCCCGCAGCGGAUGUACCACCUCCCGUGCCUGUGAAACCGGUGAGGAAGCAGGGUUUCCACAACCCCAACAGAUUCAGCAGAGAACCAUUGUACCGCGUCAUCAAAAACCAACCUCCUCCGGUCCUGUCCAUUAACCUGGACCACAACCCGUUUAAGUGCAGUGCUCCCGGCUGCACGAAGUCAUUCCGCAAGGCCAAGCUGCUGCACUACCACAUGAAAUAUUACCACGGAGAGGAGCAGCCUCUGGAGGGCGAGAGCAGCCCCACCAGGAGCAUCCAGACCAGAGCCUCGGAGAAACAGACCGCUCCUCUGGACGGCAUCAAGAGGAGGCGCACCAUCUCUGCCUCUCUGCACCCUGUUGGGCCUGCCCCGGUCGCCCGUGGUGAGGUGAAGACUGCAGGCAGGCGCACAUCAGCCCCGCCUGCCGUCAGCACCCAGAUCCACCAGCAGAGGGCGCUGCUGAGGGAGAAGAGCAAGGAGAACCAUCUGGACAGGAACGGAUGCCAGCAGCUGGACUCUGACAAGAGCGGCUUUGACAUUGGGUCAGUAAAAGACAAACUGAAACAGAAACAGAAGGACUUCCUCACCGUUAAGUGGCGAGAGUUAGAGGGGAAUGGGAAGGAGGAGCCGGACGAGGAGGAGGUGGCGGCUGUAGCGGCCCGGCUCAGCUUCUCCAGAGCGUUGGACAUUAAAAUCUCCCCUCGGCUCAUGUCCUCAUCGGGAGUCGCGUUGCUGCUGCGGCACGAGUCCGAGGCGGUCCACGACCUCUCCAGAUGUUUCCAGGGCUGCCGCCACAGCUGCAAGUCCGGGACGUUCAUCUUGAUCUGCAGUCCGCUGAGGAUCUCCACCACGUGGUGCACGUCCCCCAGCAGCUGGUGGGUGGUGGUGAUCUUCUUGGCGUUUUGGUUGUCUUGCCUGAUGAUUUCUCCCGAUCGUCUCCAGGCUGCUCUGGGGGGCUCGUGGUCCCAGGCAGAGACGAGGGAGGAGGCGGGCAGAGACCCCGGCGAGGCUGCAGAUAACAGCAGGCAGCACCAGCAGAGGCAAAUCAACCUGCUGGACCACAUCGACGCAGUGCAGGACGAGGUCUCACACAGGAUGGACUUCAUCGAGAGGGAGCUGGACGUGCUGGAGAGCUGGCUGGACUACACCGGGGAGCUGGAGCCCCCUGAGCCUCUGGCCCGCCUGCCUCAGCUGAAGCACCGCAUGAAGCGUCUGCUCACUCAGCUGGGCAAGGUGCAGCAGAUCGCCCUGUACAGCUCCACAUGAGGGCGCCAGAGAACAGCCGUCCCGUACACGACCCGCCGCAGCAGGUGCAGCCGAGGAAGCUCACCAGUCGCAAAGACUUUGAUAUUAAUGCAAGUGCAAGACCUGACUCCUGCUGCCGUUUCUCCUUCUUAAAAGGUAUCUGUGUGGUGGAAUCUGAUGCUGCAGCCACUCAGUGUCAUAUAUGAAUAUGUAUAUGAACAUACGUGGAUUGUCAGCAACAUAAAUCAGGAUUAAACACAAAAGUAACCUCGUAAAUGCAGGAGAAAAACCCUUAGGACCAGAUUACUCUUCUAUGGUUCCCAUGCAGCUCUAAACCUUAUGAAUGCCUUUUGUCCGAGCUACAGCUGAAGGUUGCCCUGUCUCUUAGUACACAGCGCUUUACAUGCAGAAGAUUUAUUUUGAAAAGUGCAACCGAGUUCCUGAACCAACUCGGCCUCUUUGCAAUAGUUUUUUGAACACGUUUUCAGAUAUUAUUUUUCUUGCAUCAAAAAGGUCCCAAAGCUCCGCUCCGGUCACCUGGCAUUCAAAGUAUUUUGCUUUAAAGGUGGACAGUAACUUGAAGACAUCCAGUGUGUAAGGACACUGUACAAGAAGCCUCUACAAAUAUUCUGUUUCAAGGGUUUGAUUUAUAUCUACACUGUGAAGUUAUGUUUGUCUGGAAUCAAAGGCAUCUUAUUUUCUGUUUUUAGAGACGUAUAACAAGUGUGGUUUCUGUUCUGUCUUAAUCUGUAAUGGUUUUUUUCUAACAGUUCUCUCAUCAUUGUGCCCGGUUUAUCAGUUAUAAUCUUUAUAUGUUUGUCAUUAUCCUUUACUCCAAUUUGCUAUUUGCAUUGUGUUUGCUGUAACACCUUGAUUCACUGAAAACUGUAAUGUGGAUUUGUCUUUUCUUAACUUAGCAUCUUGUGCUUUUUUUUCAGUGGCAAAUAAUAUUUGGAAGACCUGUACAUGUAUCUUUCUUUUUUUUUCAUCUGUUUUAUUUACAGUGUUUGGCUUGUUUGUAAAUAUGUUAUUCAAAUAUGUGCUCUUCUUUAUUGAAAACAUUCUCCGGAAUUCAUAUAUUGUAUGCUACUGUACUGUGCGUGUCUGGCUUAGACGCCGGGACAUGUCAGAAACGAUGCAAACCAAUUUGCUGGUACAUAAAUAAAGUAUUGUUAUUAAUCACUA